AUGUGUUUGGUUCGUGACAAAGAUGAGAUGCUUCCUCUCCACUUUGCUGCAAUGAGAGGGCGCGUGGAAGUCAUCAGGGAGUUGAUCAAAGCCAAACCAAACUCUAUUCGGGAGAUGACCGAAACUGAUGAUGGUUCUGUUCUUCACUUGUCCAUUCGCUAUAACCAUCUCGAGGCUCUGAAAUUGCGAGUGGAAUCACUGAGAGAUGACCAUCAUUUCCUAUCACUCAAAGACAAAGAGGAUAACUCUCUUCUGCAUUUAGCAGUGAAACGCAGACAAAUCAAGAUCAUUAAAUACUUGCUUUCCCUAUCCGAAAUGAGUAUGGAAAUAAAUGCUUUGAAUAGGGAGGGUUUAAAAGCUAUGGACAUGUUGGAGCGCUAUCAAACAGAUUUUGUGAGCCAACACACUUUUAUUGAAGGAGUUGAAAAGCCUGCAAAUGAAGGUAUAGCACAAGUAGUUUCCUCAGCAACCCUAAUCAGCAAUAAGGAAAAAACGGCUUUGCCAACAUAUAGACGACAACAAAAUUCCUCACAAGCACAAAGCAUAACUAUUGAACUUGUACAACUAGAUCCUCCUCCACAACCCUCACCUCAACAAACAUCAUCAUCCUCACAAACCAACAUUAAUAAUAUUCCUGAACCACCACAGCCCUCACCAAGCAAUGGUCCUCAUCAGCUCCAACAUGUGACUUCACAAAACAUCACAAGUGAACAAGGACAAGAUAAAUGGAACAGGUUUGAGAGGUUCUGCAAACGUAAUCCAUCAAGAAGCAGUUUGUGCAGUUUCUCAAUCUCCAAUUGUCCUUCAUAA